UGCCACCUCGGGAUGAAGCAACAAGCUGUAGCCUACAGUACAGUACACAACAACAACAAGCUUUAAAAUGUUUAGGGCAAAAGGCGAGCAGAUAACCUUCACAAUGGCAACAAUGAAAUGACGGAAUAAUGGAUCCUUGACCUGGUCUAGACGUUGUCGACAUAUCUCUGCGCGCAGUCCACAUCCUGACAACCAUCCGCAAACACUACAAAGUGCGUUACUGUCAGCCCCCCGGCCCCAGAUCUCGAGUCCGGUUCUGAGGUACAGUAUGGUCAACAUGGAGGAAUUCCCCCCAAAAUUCAGUAAGGUGCUGGUGACACCUGAUCCGCACUACAUACCGGGGUAUGCAGGGUACUGCCCCCAGCUGAAGUACCACCUGGGGAAGACCUACGGCCAGCUGACCGCCAAGUUGCUGUCCUCUCCGGAGGUGUCACGCUCGCGUCGCCUGGUCCUCCACACGGGCCGCUUCCCCUCCACAGAGACAGACACGGGCCCACGGGACGAGAUCUGGAGGAGCCACCAUGGAGAACGCAGGAAUCUGGAGAGGAUGAUACCGGGCUACACUGGCUUUGUUCCCAAAAGCCAGAACUACUUCUCCCGUACGUAUGCCAAGACGUGUCGCGAGGCCCUGUCUGAGUUUGACCGGGACCAGCAGAGGGUUCGCCUGGCAUCAGCAAUACCGCUUGUCAGCAACACCACCAUCUCAGAGUUUAAACCUCGGAGACUGAGCACCCCUCUGACGGCCAUCUCUAAAGAGCCAGCCCCCUACAAGACCAUGGACCCCUGGAAGCCCAAAGGCUCUCCGUACUUCAUGGCAGACAGCAGUCCACACAAGUACUUCAUCUCAGGUUUCACAGGGUACGUGCCCAAAUCUCGCUUCUUGAUUGGGACGGGCUACCCCAUCACCACCAACAAGGCUCUGGUUCAGUUUGGGAAGGAGCUGAGGAGGGACCCUACCUCCCUGCAACUCCCUGGGGAGGAAUCAGGAGCCCUGCCCCCCAUCCCCACUGUCUACCCCUCCCACCGGGGACUUCUGCCCUCCUACACCGGCCAUGUUCCAGGAUACAAGUUCAGGUACGGCCAGACCUUUGAGAAGCUUACCCACAAUGCCCUGGGCCUGAACGGCGCUCAGAGGAAGAUUGAGGCCAGAGCCCAGUAAUGGAGGAACAAUUCACCAGACAAUCACAAGGACCAGGGUUGAGAACUGAGUGAAGGAAUCCUCGGACUUUCAAAUAACAGCGUCUGUGAAACAGCAAAACUUUAGUCUGUGGACUAUGUACAUCCCAGGGUGAUAAAUAAUAAUGGCCCAAUUUUCUUUUGUAUGAGCAGAACAACAAGUGAAUGUGAAGUACAAGUCACAAGAUAACUUAUUGAUUUAUCUUUAUUUGCAAAGGUUGAUUGUCACAGGGAACUUCCACUCAGAGGGUGCAUUCUUUGUAGGGUUAAGUACAGUUAGGUUGGGGAGGAAAGAUGAGAGGGGUUUGAUAAACUCACUUUCACAUUAUUGCAGAGGUUAUAAUAACCAAGUCAUUCCUGUCAAGCAAUUGCAAACUUGAUUUUACUCCUUAGCUUAGUACUACUGGCCUAUCAAAACAGUGUACACCUGAAACACACCAUGAUAGCUUAAUAUUGUGAAAACGACACACUCGAUUUGGAGACUAACGGUUCCACAAUUCUAGAAUUUGAUUACCUAAAUAUUUACAAAACUCUACUUCUCUAUCAUAAAAAAAACAAUAUAUUAGGAUAUUGAUGUAGGUAGAAGAACCACACAAAGUAUUAGGGUUAAACUAGCACCUAAUGACUCCUUCAACGUACAUAUAUUAUUUUUAUACACAUGCACAGAAAUCUUACAUUUGCUAGUCUGGAUUACCUCACAAACAUGUAUUGACUUUGUCUAGUUGAAUAUGAAGGCAACCUCAUUUUGGAAGAUAAGCCACUGUACAAGGCUGCUGAGUGGCAUAAUAUUUGGCACUAGUUAACGUGGCUAGUAAAGAUGGCCUUUCUGCAUUUUUUUGGUUGACUUUCCAUUGGCACAUAGAAUAGACAGGGCAAUAGGGGUUGGAAGGCAGAGGACAGAUUGAUACUAUUAGGAGAAUAGGAUGCUACUGUAUGGUAUAUGCAUGCAGCUCCAUGAAAUACUCAUCGGUUUCCUAUGGAGAGUCUGGACGGGUCCACAAGGCUUUCAGAUCCUAAGGCAAGACUGUAGCAUAGGUGGAGCCUCUAGUUGACCACAGUUUGAUUGACAGGUGCACAGAGCGAAUCUAUUGCAUGAAUCCCAAUUCAUGACAGAUGAA